AUGGAGUCUGGGAAGAUAACCAAGGGCGCAGGGGGAAGGAGAGGCGGAGAUAGGAAGAAGGCGGUCCAGAAGUCGGUGAAGGCCGGACUUCAGUUUCCCGUCGGAAGGAUUGCGAGGUUUUUAAAGAAGGGUCGCUAUGCUCAGCGUACCGGUGUCGGAGCUCCGAUCUAUCUCGCCGCUGUUCUUGAAUACCUCGCUGCUGAGGUGUUGGAACUGGCUGGGAAUGCGGCGAGGGACAACAAAAAGAACAGGAUCAACCCAAGGCACGUGCUUUUGGCAGUGAGGAAUGAUGAGGAGUUAGGGAAAUUGCUACAAGGAGUUACAAUUGCAAGUGGAGGUGUUCUUCCAAACAUUAACCCUGUUCUGUUGCCUAAGAAAUCAACUACUGGCGAACAUAAGGCUUCUCAUCCCAAGUCUCCCAAGGAGGCCUAGACUGUGUUGAAAUGCAGUGGUCUUGGUGUUAGGUUUACUUUUAGUUAGCAGUAGUGGUAUUAGUAAUUUGCAUUUCUGAUGUAAUUUUGUUAUAAAUAUAGUUUGGGAAAUGCAAUGAGUUUUUUUUUGCCAUCUUAAUUGCCUUUUUUACAUUGAAUUUUUUUCAAGAGUUCUUUUAGUCUUUUUGACUAGACAUCAUGACUCCUAUUCUUAAUUGAAAAAGGAAAAU